UGAAGUGGCUGACUGCUGAGACCAGUGCACCCCCCACCCACUAACCCACCACCAUCACCUCCAUCCCGGCUCUCUCACACAGAGUCCAGCUGGACCGACGGACCAAACCGACUGAGCGCGCACAGAGACUGCAGGACGCAGAGGGGACAUGUGGUGUCAUGGAGCUUUGCUGUGGAUGUGAAUGAAUGAAUGGGCUCGUCUCAGUGUGUGUGUGAGUGAGUGAGUGAGUGUGGUGCUGAAGUGGGUCAUGCGGACCGCUGGAGGAGCAGCGAGAGAUAAACACGCAUGCUCCUCCCGCUGUUUGGCAGGUUGAGCUGGUGGAGGAGGGAUUCCUGCCUGUGCCCGUGCCUGCGUCCUCGCCCCAGCCUCCAGCAUCAGAUGAUGCUUCUCAUUUAAUCCUCCUCCAAAGAAAGUCACAAACUGCGGAGCGCCCUCCAAAAACAAACGCUUCUCCAUGCAGGGGUUUUCCUCACCUAUGAAUCAAGAGACAACAUCCAGCAGUUUCCCCUGCUGCAGACCGUUUAGAGCUCCGUGCUGAGCCGCGCGCAGAGGCUCUGCUGCACCGAGCGGAUGCAGGACCAUGGAGGAGAGAGACAGGUCGCCAGCAGUCUGCCCCACAGUGUCAAGGCGAGCCUGUCUCUUUCUCCGUCGGGGCCGGGACGGGUGAGCAGCGGCGGCGGCGGCUCGCCGAUAUCCAAGAUGGACUACUGCGGCAGCGGGGUGCCCGUGGAGGACAUGCAGGCCCUGGCCAUCACGUCUCUGUCGGCGUCAGAUGUAGCUAAGCAGUACGAGCACAUCCGCGAGCUUGGGAAGGGCACGUACGGCAAGGUGGACCUGGUAGCUCACAGAACCCAGGGCACCAAAAUGGCGCUAAAGUUUGUUACCAAGAACAAGACGAAGCUCAAGAGCUUCCUGCGGGAGUACAGUCUAACAGGCUCACUUAGCUGCAGCCCUUUCAUCAUCAAAGUCCUGGACGUGCUUUUCGAGACCGAGGACAGCUACGUGUUUGGACAGGAAUAUGCACCCGCCGGGGACCUCUUUGACAUCAUCCCCCCACAGGUGGGCCUGCCAGAGGAAAUGGUCAAACGCUGCAUGCAACAACUGGGCUUGGCGCUGGACUUCAUGCACAGUAAGAACCUGGUGCACCGGGACGUCAAGCCUGAAAACGUGCUCCUCUUUGACCGCGAGUGCCGUCGCAUCAAGCUGGCAGACUUUGGCAUGACGCGGCGGGUGGGUUGCCGCGUGAAAAGAGUGAGUGGUACCAUUCCCUACACGGCGCCCGAGGUGUGCCGCGCCAGUCGCUCGGAGGGUUUCCUCGUGACCACCAGUCUGGAUGUGUGGGCGUUCGGCGUGCUGGUCUUUUGUAUGCUGACGGGGAAUUUCCCCUGGGAAGCGGCUCUGGCUGCCGAUGCCUUUUACGAGGAGUUCCGGCGCUGGCAGAAAGCAGGUUGUCCCGUGGGAACGUACCCGUCUCAGUGGCGCCGCUUCACUGACGACGCCCUGCGUAUGUUCCAGCGGCUGCUCGCCGCCGAGCCGGACAAGCGCUGCGGGGUCAAGGACGUCUUCUGCUUUGUCAAGUACGAGCUGGUGAGCGAGCUCAGGCGCAGAGCCUCCUGCCGAGCCAAGAGAGGCGAGAGGUCAAGCUCAGGGGUUUGCACCGGCAGCUGCACUUCCUCCUCGUCCUCCACGGCGUCACGUUCCUCCCACCGACACGCCGAGCCCUCCACCCCUCCGGGGACGACCUGCCUGCGCCCGGCGCCGCUCAAACGCAGCGUCCUCUCUGACCCGUUGUCUCCCAGAGAGGAGCCCGGACAGCACCAGUCGCCGGGCCGAGACAAGAGCAAAAGCCAGAUGGUGAUGGCAACCGCCAUCGAGAUCUGCGUUUAGCGUUGGAGACUCAAACUGUCAACGAGGCGUCAACGAGACUCCGGUGAUAUACUUUCACGAUGAAAGAUAAGCUCAGGAUCACAUCCAUCGCUGUGAAGAUGGGACACCGUCAGUCAGCGGUGAACACUGACAGCUCAUCAAACCGCAGAGGUUUCCAUCAGUGACCAAAGACUCUUCCUAAGCCGCGAAGCCGCGCAGGCAGCACUUCACAAACUUGGCCGACGAUACUCGCCUCUGUCGCCCGGACUCUUGCUGUGGUGCUGCUAAUGAUUCUACAGUUAGACGCGCCAUGAAAACGGAUUGUCUUUUCUCACCCGUCGAUCAAUCAAUGUCUCUUUGCUUUAGCGCUAAUUCAUCGUGCAUUCAAAGCUCCAACGAGGCCAAAACGCCAUUAUCAUCGGGGCGGUGCUGUCCCGCGAGGAGCUCGGGCGAUUUAAGAGACGACUUUACAUUCCUUUACCAUUUUCCUCUGACUUCCUGCCAAUCUCUGAUGCUUCGAGUUUUUCAAAAACAAGAAAAAAAAAGACAGACAACGAAGGUUUUAAUGUAGCAGAGUUUGUAUGAGAUGUCUUUUCAUUUGAGUGUCAUGAGAGGCAUCACCUCAGGACACGUCCGUGGCUCAGUGAACUUUGAACUUGCUCUCGGUGAGAUUCCUCUCCAGUAGAAUACAGGGACUGUACAUUUUCUGAAUGCAAAGGGUGACGUGAUGGAGUAGAGAUUAUUAUUGUUUUCUUUUCUAUCUGCUGUGUGUGUGUGUGUGUGUGUUUCAAACAUGAAAGCACAAGAUCUUUUGUAAACGGAGGAGAAAUCUUUAAAUGUACAUUGUUAAACAUUUUAUAUAGAAGUGCACCGUAAUAUCAGGUAGUUCAUCUAUAUGUAGCUGUACUAAUUUUCUAUGACACGAGGGGGAAAAGGGGGGAUUU